GGGGUUUUGAAAUAUAACGCAAUGACUCUGUUAUCGCGUCGACACCACGAUGGUAACUGAGUCGUCCCAAGGACGUUACUUCGAUGUUUUAAAAAAGGCCACACCAGAUGGAAAGUUAUCAUUGUUUUUGGAUAGAAGGACUUUUAUAGAUCACUUCGACCAUGUAGAUCCAAUCGAUGGAAUUCUCACAAUAUCAGAGGAUGUAAUGGGUGCAGAUUUAGUCUUUCUAAUACUCACUUGUUCAUAUCGUUAUGGUCGUGAUGAUUUAGAUGUAUUAGGAUUAACUUUCCAAAAAGAAUUACUAAUUUAUACAAAACGUGUAUGGCCUAGUUAUCCUAUAGAUGAUACUGCUUCAGCUAUGGGUGAUAAAAAAUGGACAAAAAAAUGGAAAAAAUUAAAACGACACUCAAAAAAAGGUCAAGAAUCUUCUGAACAAAUGUCAAUGAGUGUAGUUCAUGAUGAUCCUUAUGGAAUAUUUAGUGAUACAUUGAAAGAAUCGGAUCUUGUACCAUUUCAAACUAAACUAGUGAGUAAAUAUGGUCGACAAGCUAUUCCAUUUCGCAUAAUUCUACCCACUUCAUCACCGUCAUCCGUUGCAAUUCAACCACUUCAAGAUGAUGGUCAUAAGCUCUACGGUAUUAGCUAUGGACUAACAGCGUUCAUUGGAAGACGAAUAGAUAAUACUCAACCAGCAAGUUCCACAGUUACAAUUAUUUUGAGAAAGUAUUCCGCUGGACCUGAACUUAUACAUCGUCCUAUUUAUCCUGUUGCUGAAUCAAUCAGAAAGACUAUUAAUUUUGCUUGUCACUCAGGGGAAUUGAGUAUUGCAGCUUCCAUAGAAAAACCGUUAUAUUUCCAUGAUGAAUCCUUGUCCAUAUCUCUUAUGCUGGACAAUUUGUGCAGUAUGCCAGUUAGAAAAUUACAUAUAUCACUUGUUCAGAUAGCUGAAAUGUUUCUAUUAACCAAAGGAACUUAUCGAUCGGUAAUAGAUGAACAUUUCUGCAAAGAGAAUCUUCCACAUGCUGGAGAACAGGAAUGGAAGUACACAACCACACUGACAACCAGUUUAACAGAUAAAAUGCUAAAACAUGGUGUCGCAUUGGAAGGUUAUAUAAAACAGGAGAAGAAUUGGUUGGCUUCAUCAACGAUACUGAAGCUAUCAGCAGAUCUAGAUGAGUGUUUAGAAAUAAUGCAAAAUGUUAAUAGAAAAUUAGAAGAGAAUUCAGAAAUGGCCAUUAAAGCUAAUAAAGAAUUACACGGUAUUGUGAUCUCUUAUUGUGUCCGUGUCAGAUGCUGGGUCGGAAUCAGUCGGUGUUCACUCUACGUUCCAUUUUUGUUAAUGCGACCAGGAAAAGAGCCCUGCAACACAACUGAUGCAAAGUGCAAGAUUUCUACUACUACUCAUACUAUUCCACCAGCUGAUAUAACAGGAAGUCAAGAGCCCAAAGAGAGAAGUGGAAAAGACGAAAUUGAUAAAGUGAAUAAAAAUGAAAAUCAGACAUCUGAUGUAAAUCAUUAGAUAAAAGGAUAUUAUUACUGUUACAAUUUGAGGAAACCAGUUUAGUGCUACGUACAUGUAGAAUAAUGCAAUAUAAACCACAAAGCAAAACAAGCGAAAAGACAAAAAUAAAUUCAAAACUUGUAAAUCACAGAAUAUGAAUUCAGUUCAAAUUGUACUUCAUCACUGUAUGCUGUUGAAUAAUUUGUUUGUAGAAACAGAAUAGAUUUUUUU